UCAGUCACGCUUUCUGUCCCGUUCGUUGUUGCAGCUCUGGAGGAAUAUCCAGGCGAGGAGACAGGAGUCACUUAAUAUCUGUAUUACUGCAUCUGUGGAAAACAGCGAUGGCUCUGGAGUCGCGGAUCACACAGGAGGAGAUAAAGAAGGAGCCGGAGAAGCCCAUCGACAGAGAGAAGACCUGCCCCCUCCUGCUGAGAGUUUUCACCACCAACAGCGGCCGACACCACAGGGUAGAUGAAUUUGCUCGAGGCAACGUGCCAUCCAGCGAGCUGCAAAUAUACACGUGGAUGGAUGCUACUCUGAAGGAGUUAACCAGCUUGGUGAAGGAAGUGUAUCCAGAGGCCAGGAAAAAGGGGACCCACUUCAGCUUUGCUAUCGUCUACCCCGAUCCCAGAGGGAAAAUGUACAAGUUGAAGGACAUCGGCAGUACUGUAUCUGGCAGGAAGGGAGCAGACGACUCCAUGACGUUGCAGUCUCAGCGUUUCCAGAUCGGAGACUAUCUGGAUAUAGCUAUCACACCCCCCAACAGAGCCCCGCCGCUUAGUGCUCGAAUGAGGCCCUUCUAAACACGCUCAUCUACAGAUCUACAACAAACCUGUUUUUGUUUUGUUUUUUUUUCCAUUUUUCAUCAUCGUGAAUGGUUUUGCCUCAUUUUAUAAAAUGUGAUGUGUAAUAAAGUUGUCAUUUUUUCCAA